CACCAGUGGCCUGACCGGGGAAGAAUGGCUGCAAGGGAGACGACGUGCCCGCCUCGGGGAUGAUGGCCAGAGACCAGCGCUGAUCAGAGGAGAGCCGUCCGGCCGCCGCGCCUCCCGGGGUGUCCAACAUGCCCCAGUGGCGGCGGCGGCACUGCUGCUGGGCCAAGCGCUCCCUGCUCCGGGCCCCCCUCGUCGGGGCGCUCUCCCUGGCCUUGCUCUUUGCCAUGUUCUUGUUCUUCAACCACCAUGCCUGGCUGCCAGGCAGAGCUGCAUUCAAGGAGAACCCUGUGAUCUACACUUUCCGAGGAUUUCGCUCUACGAAGAGCGAGACAAACCACAGCUCUCUCCGGAACAUCUGGAAAGAAGCGGUCCCUCAAACGCUGAGGCCGCAAACGGCCACCAACUCCAAUAACACGGACCUGUCGCCGCCGGGAGUUACGGGGCUGGAGAACACGCUCAGUGCCAACGGGAGCCUUUCCAAUGAGAAGGGGGCCGGACACCCCCACUCUUACCACUUCAAGUAUCUCAUCAACGAGCCCGCCAAGUGCCAGGAGAAGAGCCCCUUUUUAAUCCUCCUCAUCGCUGCAGAGCCCGAACAGACAGAGGCCCGAAGGGCCAUUCGGCAAACCUGGGGCAACGAGAGCCUGGCCCCUGGCAUCCACAUCACACGCAUUUUCCUGUUGGGCAUAGUAAGUACUAAUUUAAAUGGCUACUUUCAACGCGCCAUCCUGGAAGAGAGCAGGCAGCAUCACGAUAUAAUUCAACAGGACUACUUAGAUACAUACUACAACCUGACCAUUAAGACGCUCAUGGGCAUGAACUGGGUUGCCACAUACUGCCCCCACACUCCGUAUGUGAUGAAAACUGACAGUGACAUGUUUGUCAACACUGAAUACUUAAUACACAAGCUCCUGAAGCCAGACCUGCCUCCCAGACGUAACUAUUUCACGGGUUACCUGAUGAGAGGCUACGCGCCCAAUCGAAACAAAGACAGCAAGUGGUACAUGCCGCCAGACCUCUACCCGAGCGAGCGCUACCCCGUCUUCUGCUCGGGGACUGGCUACGUGUUCUCGGGAGAUCUGGCCGAGAAGAUCUUCAGAGUCUCUCUCAGUAUCCGCCGUCUGCACUUGGAGGAUGUGUAUGUGGGGAUCUGUCUUGCCAAGCUGAGGAUUGAUCCUGUGCCCCCGCCCAAUGAAUUUGUGUUCAACCACUGGCGAGUUUCUUAUUCCAGCUGUAAAUACAGCCACCUGAUUACCUCUCAUCAGUUCCAGCCCAGUGAGCUGAUCAAGUACUGGAACCAUUUGCAACAAAACAAGCACAACGCCUGCGCCAGCGCGGCCAAGGACAAGGCAGGCCGGUACCGCCACCGGAAACUGCACUAGGAAACACGGAACUCUGCUGUUCAAACGUGCAAUCUGUAAAAUACCGCUAACAGCAUGUAUAGUUAAAGCUGAUCAUACACAUAGGACAAGUUUUAGUUAAAAUUCAUCACAUACAAGAAUUCCAAAAAUAUUUUUUUAAUUUCUGAAGACGGUAAUUCUUAAAAAUACAUUAUAAAACAAAAGGGUACCCCGAGGGGAUCUAUAAAAGAACUGUUUAAGGGGGUUCUGUGUAUUAACAUGCAAUAACAAGCAUGCCUAUGUCAAUGACUCAAGUCUCAUGUUAGGGGCCAGUAAGAUGUAUUUGCCUAUAUUUUCCUCAUAAACUUUAAUUUCAGAAAUGGAGACAGUCCAAAGACCCUUCAUUUUAGAUCCAGUACAUAAUUAAUGUAAAUAAAACAUCACCGUCGAUUUUAAGGAGACUUUGUAAUUGUGCAAACGACAAAUGUGACCUGACUACUCUGGGGAUCUGAACACUGUAUUCCAUGCAAUAAGGUUCAGCUGAGUCAUUCCAGAAACAGUUAUAAAGUUCAGAUGGUUCACCAAUGAGUUCUCAUCUAAGUCCUCAUUUAAAAAAACACAACUGAGAUACUCAUUUUCUUUUCCUAAGACUCACAUAUACCGGGGGAAAGUCUUCUGACAUGACGUGAUAAAAUGUGAAAAUUCCAUGUGUCUCAGGCUAAGUUUUUAUACAAAUCAGAGGUUUCAAAGGGACAGAUGUGCUCUCCGGCUGGUGCAAGGGCCCCGCUGCACUGAGCGAGCCACCCGCUAGCCGGGCCUGGCUCUGAGGAGUGCCUGUCCUUCCCUCAGCACAUCUGCGAAGAGAGACCAGGUCCCUCUCCCCGGAGCAGAGCGAUCGCUCACGGGCACAGAGAAGGCGCUGCUGGAAGCGGAUAAAGGCAGAGCGCGGAGCCGCUCCACUCAAUCCAUUUCUAGGAUGCAGCCUGCCAAGCGGCGGCAUAUGGGAGUUUACUUCCUGACAGCAGGUGUACACACGCCAACACUUAAUCACUCCGUGGCACCCACCGCUCGCCGAGUGCCAAGUUUACAAACCUGCAGGUUCUAAUUCGGGAGAUGACAAACAGUCUGCGUUACCUGUUAAACACCUUCUGGGGGGAAUGGGGGAAACUACAAAUGUUUGAUGAACACUUGAUGCUAGGAUGAGCAAUGUAUACGAUGCACUUUUAUCAAGUUUUUAAUAA